GAGCACCAUCUCCAGCGGGCCAUCUCGGCGCAGCAGGUGUACGGGGAGAAACGGGACAACAUGGUCAUCCCCGUCCCCGAAGCAGGGAGCAACAUCGCCUACUACGAGUCCCUCUACCCCGGGGACUUCAAGAUGCCAAAGCAGCUCAUUCACAUACAGCGUGAGAACUAUUACUAUUCAUGUAGCCUGUCUGUGUCUCUUUCUCCUGUCUGUGUCUGUCUUUCUCCUGUCUGUGUCUCUUUCUCCUGUCUGUGUCUGUCUUUCUCCUGUCUGUGUCUGCCGUGCCUGUGUCAGUCUUCCUCUGUGUCUGCCUGCUGUGUCUGUCUGUUAGCUCUAUCUGUCUGCGGUCAGUCGGCAGAGGUUUCUGUUUUUCUUGUCUUGAGUGUGCGCACAUACUGCAGUUUGUUUGUGUGUUCAUGCUGCUGCUUGUGUGUGCUCUGUCUGAGGUAUGUUUAAGUGAUUGUGUCAGCCCCUGGGGUAUCUCUAAUAGCAGCAGUGUGAUCCCAGACGUGUCCUGCUGUCUGAAAGCGUUUGAGCACACUCACUCACACAGGCUGCGGCGGGGGGAGAGUGGGGCACUCUGUUUGUCUGGAUACUCAGUAAGCCCAGGGGACCCCCUCUCAGCCCCAGUUCACAAACACACCUGUCUGCUCCGUUUUUUUCUAAAGGGCUUUCAUGUAGGAUAGAUGCAAAGGGAGGGUAGGCUUUUUGCAAGCUUAGCGUAUUUCUGGAGUUGGCAGCAUUGCGCUGCUGAUUGUGGGCAAAAAAUUGAUGUUUUUAUCAGAAUUCCCAUGGUCUUCUUUCUGUAACACCUAUUCACUAUAAAGUACACUACUUUUGACCAGGUCCCUUAGCGCUCUGGUCAAAUGUAGUGCACUAUAUAGGGAAUAGGGUGCCAUUUGGGAAGUACUCUAAAAGUACUGCAAAGUGUUGCUGGGGUUAUUUCUUACUUCGACCCGUCUUCUCUAUCACAGCUUUCAGUUUGGAUACAGAGCAGCCGGACUACGACCUGGAUUCAGAGGAUGAGGCGUUUGUGAAUAAGCUGAAGAAGAAGAUGGAGAUCACCUCUCUGCAGUUUGAGGAGAUGAUCGACCGGCUGGAGAAAGGCAGUGGCACGCAGGUACUUUAACCACACCACACCACAAUGCUCAAGGCAUUUCUUAGGCCAGUGUUAGGACAUAGGCCAGUGUUUCUCAAACCUCUUCUCAUGUACCCCCAGCAAUUCCUCCUAUUUGAUCAAAGAAGUGGAACGGCUAGGGGUACGUAAGGAUAAGUUUGGGAAGCACUUGUGUAGGCUGUAGGUGUUCAUUACUAGCCUAGGUGGGUUAUUGAGUACUAGAAAGAACAGUGUGACUAAAUGUGUGUUGCCUCCUCUCCUCAGCUGGUGAGCCUGCAGGAGGCCAAGCUGCUGCUGAAGGAGGAUGACGAGCUGAUCAAGGAGGUGUUUGACUACUGGACCAGGAAGCGAAAAAACUGUAAGAGUGGCUCGCUCAUCCCCACGGUGAAGCAGGAGAAGAGAGAUGGAUCCAGCACCUCAGACCCCUACGUGGCCUUCCGCAGGAGGACCGAGAAAAUGCAGACCAGAAAGGUGAGGCUUGAAGCCAGUUCCCACGGCAGUGUGUUUAAAGCCCCAGCCAUCACCCAGACACCAUUCUGGAUUUACCUGUGUGUCCUUUUAGCUGUAACCUAGGGCUGCAUUGGGCAUGCAUUUUAGUUCAGGAAAUCUGGGUCCAGGAAACUGGCCUACGAAGUACAGUAAAGCGAGAAUCUUGUUACUUACAUGUACCUCCAUAAAUCUAUCUUUAGAACCGUAAGAACGACGAGGCUGGGUAUGAGAAGAUGCUGAAGCUGCGGAGGGACCUGAGCCGUGCCGUCACCAUCCUGGAGAUGAUCAAGAGGAGGGAGAAGAGCAAGCGGGAGCUGCUCCACCUCACCCUGGAGAUAGUAGAGAAGAGGUGAGAAAGACCUUCAAAGCUUGAUUUAUCUCUGGUUUCUCACUGAGUUUUGGACCUUUAACAACUUGUUUUCUCAGUUACUCUCUAGGCUUUAGAAUGCUAUUUGCUGUGGGUAUAAAUUAUUGGUCCACCAAAUCAAAGAAAACCGUUGCUUUCUGUCUGCAGCUGUUAGAUUUCAGGCUGAUUACACAUCGUCCAUUUUGGGUCUGUGACUUGAGGAGUAGCCUGUCUGGUUGUUUAAAUCUGCUGUUUGUUAACCCAAGGAGACGCCUUUAGGAGUCAGGGCAGGCUGUGUGUGCGUCCCAAAUGGCACCCUAUUCCCUACAUAGUACGGUGGUGGUCAAAAGUUUUGAGAAUGACACAAGUAUUGGUCUUCACAAAGUUCGCUGCUUCAGUGUUAUGAGAUAUUUUUGUCAGAUGUUACUAUGGUAUACUGAAGUAUAAUUACAAGCAUUCCAUAAGUGUCAAAGGCUUUUAUUGACAAUUACAUUAAAUUUAUGCAAAGAGUCAAUAUUUUCAGUGUUGACCCUUCUUCAAGACCUCUGCAAUCCGCCCUGGCAUGCUGUCAAUUAACUUCUGGGCCUCAUCCUGACUGAUGGCAUCCCAUUCUUGCAUAAUCAAUGCUUGGAGUUUGUCAGAAUUUGUGGGUUUUUGUUUGUCCACCCGCCUCUUGAGGAUCGACCACAAGUUCUCAAUGGGAUUAAGGUCUGGGGAGUUUCCUGGCCAUGGACCCAAAAUGUCGAUGUUUUGUUCCCGAGCCACUUAGUUAUCACUUUUGCAUAUGGCAAGGUGCUCCAUCAUCCUGGAAAAGGCAUUGGUCGUCACCAAACUGUUCUUGGAUGGUUGGGAGAAGUUGCUCUCUGAGGAUGUGUUAGUACCAUUCUUUAUUCAUGGCUGUGUUCUUAGGCAAAAUUGUGAGUGAGCCCACUCCCUUGGCUGAGAAGCAACCCCACACAUGAAUGGUCUCAGGAUGCUUUACUGUUGGCAUGACACAGGACUGAUGGUAGCGCUCACCUUGUCUUCUCCAGACAAGGUGUUUUCCGGAUGCCCCAAACAAUCGGAAAGGGCAUUCAUCAUGUCCCUGAUGUUUUUCCUGGAGAGAAGUGGCUUCUUUGCUGCCCUUCUUGACACCAGGCCAUCCUCCAAAAGUCUUCGCCUCACUGUGCGUGCAGAUGCACUCACACCUGCCUGCUGCCAUUCCUGAGCAAGCUCUGCACUGGUGGUGCCCCGAUCCCGCAGCUGAAUCAACUUUAGGAGACAGUCCUGGCGCUUGCUGGACUUUCUUGGGCGCCCUGACGCUUUCUUCACAACAAUUGAACCUCUCUGCUUGAAGUUCUUGAUGAUCCGAUAAAUGGUUGAUUUAGGUGCAAUCUUACUAGCAGCAAUAUCCUUGCCUGUGAAGCCCUUUUUGUGCAAAGCAAUAAUGAAGGCACGUGUUUCCUUGCAUGGUUAACAGAGGAAUAACAAUGAUUUCAAGCACCACCCUCCUUUUUAAAGCUUCCAGUCUGUUAUUCUAACUCAAUCAGCAUGACAAAGUAAUUUCCAGCCUUGUCCUCAUCAACACUCUCACCUGUGUUAACCAGAGAAUCACUGACAUGAUGGCAGCUGGUCCUUUUGUGGCAGGGCUGAAAUGCAGUGGAAAUGUUUUUUUUUUUGGGAUUAAGUUCAUUUUCAUGGCAAAGGGACUUUGCAAUUAAUUGCAAUUCAUCUGAUCACUCUUCAUGACAUUCUGGAGUAUAUGAAAAUUGACAUCAUCAAAACUGAGGCAGCAGACUUUGUGGAAAUUUGUAUUUGUGUCAUUCUGAAAAUGUUUGACCAUGACUGUACACUAUGGGCCAUGGUCAAAGGUUGUGCACUAUAUAGGGCAGUGAUCAACUAAAUUCAGCUGGGGGCUGAUUUUCUUCUUGAGCGGAUGGGCCAGAACAUAAUUCCAAAGUCAUUUGGGACGAAUCCUGUAUGAUGGGUAUUAGCAGAGUAGUCCAAGGCUCUGCUGCUCAUGUUAAUUGGGGGCAUCAUUCAGUGCUCUGUUUUGCAUCCAUUAUCAAUUAGAAUUCACCUUAUUUGUGCAGUAAGGUCAAAGCAAUGAGCGCAUUCACUUUCACUCAUUACACUUCCCAUUAAAAAACAAACUGUUUUGUCGGUACAGAAUGGAAUAGAAUAAGCUGGCCUUAUUGUUGGUUAGUUGCUUAAUUUGUUUUUUGGGGCUUGCUGUUCCCUUGUGGAGCACUCAAUGAUUGUGUCCCAAAUAUCACCCUAUUCCCUGCAAAGUGCACUACUUUUGACCAGGGCCCUAUGGACCUGAUCAAAAGUAGUGCACAAUGCAGGUUGCCAUUUGGGACUCGGCCUUUCUAAACAUGACAUAUCAGAAUGGGAUAGAUUCCAUCUGAAAGUAGCUGUCACUGCGAGUUUAGAUUUUCCUUCUUUCCUUGAGUGCUUUUGAUUUGUAGUGACAUUUCAAUUUCCGCCUGUUAUCAGCCUGCCCUGCACUGGUGUCUCUGCACCUGAUGGUUUUAUUUUUACUCACAGUUGGAUUGGCGUAUUGUUCUAUGAUGGAAGAUGUUUUGCCCUCCUAUAGCAGAGACCCAGGUGGCCAACUUCCUUCACUACUUUUGAGUAUUUUCUCUGAUUUAGAAAUGGUGUAGCCUGCUCACAUACAGUAACUUGCCGGUGCAAAGUACAAAAGGUACUCAUGAGAGACACAUGGUUAGGCCUACUUGCACACUGUUGAAUGCUCCUGCAGUUUUAUUGUGCAACGUUUUGACCUAAAAAGGUAUUUCUCAAAUUCUUAGCCCUCACCCCCUCUUCCUCUGUGUCCUCCCUAGGAACGGCAUGCCUGACUACGGCAGUGAAGUGAUGGCAGAGACCCUGGCCCAGAGGGCUCUGGUGAAGCCCGUCUACACGAUACCCAUCAUUCCCCUCUCCAACAGCAACCAGUACCGCCACCAAGACCACAUGGACAUGAAGGAGUACAAAACUAAAGUAAGGUUCGGUCUUCAGGGAGAGGCACAAUCAUUCUGGGCAGAAGCAUCUGGUGCAUGCCGCCGUGCUUUGGCUCUCAUCUGCACAUCAAUGACUCACUGUUCUGUUUCUGAAUAGCACUCCCUCCAUCACAACACCACCUCCAGAUGAAAUGCUACAGGGCUCGGAAUACCUUUAUAGCACAGCCUCUCUAUCCUCCAUAGGACAUGUUAUAGGGCUCGGAGUAACUUUAAAAAAUGUUUGUUCAUUUAUUGAAUAGGACAGAGGUAGAGAGGAAAGGAUAGAGUGUGUUGAAAUAGCAGUGGGAUGGGUUCAAACCCACGCUGCAGCGGUAUAUGUGAUCUGGAGGCAGCGGCUUCGACCACUAGACCAACCUAGGCCACGCACUGAAUCCGUUUAAUAAUGUAGACUGCUGUGUAACGGUUUUCCUUUUAUCGUUUUCCUCCUUCCAGCCGGAGAAGACUGAGGUGGUCAGAACGAAGAGGAAGUACGAGAAGAAGCCUAAGAUCCCUCCUCUCUCUGCACCCCAACACUCUGGCCCCUCUGUGUUCAACCCCAAGGACCUCAACCAGUAUGACUUCCCCAGCUCUGACGACGAACCCUUCUCACAGGUAAACUCAUAAAAAAACACCUGUGGUGAUGACUGCGUCCUAAAGGGCACCCUAUUACCUAUUUAGUGCACCACUUUUCACCAGGGCCCAUAGGGCUCUUGUCAGAAGUAGUGCAACUGUAUAGGAAAUAGGGUGCCACUUGGGUGCAGAUAAUGAUGGUGAUAAUGUUAAGUAUUGGUCUGUAUUUGUUGUUGUAGUAGUAGUAGCAGCAGGAGGAGUUGUGAUCGCAAUCAUGGCUGUUGUCUAAGUAGCCAGCCACAUUGUUACUGUCUUUGGCUCUUAUCGUAACUCACCCCCCCCCCCCUCCCCCCGUGUUUGUUUAGAUCCAUUCAGGUUCCUCUGAGGCAGAAGAGGAGAAUGACCCAGAUGGCUGCUUUGCGUUCCGGAGGAAGGCCGGCUGUCAGUACUACGCUGUGAGUAGAGUAGCUGCCUGCCCUCCUGUGACUCCGCUGCUCUAUUUAUAGCCCAUACGCUGCUCUUUCGGCCAGCCCCACACACACACACACAGCCAGGGCUGCCACUUUUUUCUCUUCGACGCUCUGCUGACCACAUCAACGCCUUACUGACGGAGCCUUCCCACUUUGUCUCUCUUCUCUCUCUCCUCCCUCUCUCUUCACCCUUUUUUUAUAUUUUCUGCUCUCUAUCGCUCUCUCUCUCCCCCAUGACCAAUCCCUGGUCAUCUCCCUCGCGCUCUCUCUGUCUCUCUCUGUCCCUCUCUCUCUCUCUCCCUCCCUCCCUCAGUCUCGUCUGGACCAGAGUGGUAACUGGCCAUGGGUCAGCCCCUCUGGGGGCGGUUUGGGCGACCCUCGCUUCCGCUACUGCCUCACGUCACUGACGGUGCCCCGGCGCUGCGUAGGGUUGGCAAGGCGACGCACGGGCAGAGGGGGCAGGUGAGUUCAGACGCCCUUACUGCUCCCUAGGGCUGUGUCCCAAAUGGCACCCUAUUCCCUAUGUAGCACACUACCUUUGGGCUCUGGUCUAUAGGGAAUAGGGCGCCAUUUGGGACACAUCCCAAAUCUCACCUUGAGGCUGUACUAGCCUGUUACAGUAGCUGUUCGUUUGACAGGGGAUCCUUUUUCUGUGCUGGAUGUCGUUGAGGAGAUUUAAGUUGUUUAAGCAAGUGGCGACUGUUUCUGACACACACUGCAACACGCGCACGCAGAUUGGAAACGGCUAUCAGGACUUUGAGGAAGGCUAGAACUGUAAUACUCUCGUAAUGUUACAUGCCAUUACAGCUGUGACAUUUUAUCAUGCUUAUACCCCCUGCCUGGGGCUCUGAAUUCGAUGUCUUCACAGGUCUAAAAAGUUGGGCCGUUCCAAAAUGGACCUGGGGCUUUCCCACCCGGACCCAAUAUGCGUAAAUAAUGUAUUUAAAUAUAGAGACCCGUUCCAAACAGACACGAGAAUAACUAGACCCGUUACGUAUAGACCUGGGCAGAUUCCAGACCCGGUCCAAUCCGAGUGAGGGAAGCAGCAGAAAAGUAUAUUUAUUUAUUUUAACCGAGCUGAUAGAGCGCGAGGGAGAGUUACCGGGUGGGAAAGUACUUCUUGUCUCUCAAAUACAUUGUUCCAGUUGUUGGUUAGCUAGCUAAUGAAUUUGAGCCAUAUUAGUAUAGACAUGACAUCAGUCAAAACACCUCAAAACAAGGUAUCAAUAACAAAAUUAAACGAGCUGAAGGGAGCCACCUACGAUUCCCAACACGGCAGCUUCUUGUCAUUGUUGCUAGCCAUCUGACCGUUCAGAAUAAUAACGCAUGCCUUCCGGCCACAUAGAUGCGUGCGCGUCAUUUUUGUGACGACGUCAGCCAACCCGUCUAUUGCAACUUUGACUUAUGAUUGGCCAACAAGCUACACGUGCCACGCGCCACUCUCGUGAAAAGCAAGAGCAGCAGCAUAAAUGAUACAAUGUCUAUCUCUCUCUACUGCAGCAGUCGCGUUCGGAUCUGUACGGGCCUUUCCGGAUAAGUCAGUUAAAAUUACACAUACCCGUGACAAUCAGAUCCGACCCAGACCCGUGACAUUAUUUAGAAUUCCCGGUCAGGGAUCGGGUCUCGGGUAUUCGGGUACAGGUGGAUCCGUGAAGACCUCUGCUCUGAAUAUAUCCAUUACUUACUAUCUCAUGUUGUGUAAACAGGAGUCUGUGGAUGCGUCCCAAAUGAAACCCUAUUCUGUCUAUAUACUUUUAACCACAGCAUGCGUUCCCUAUAUAAUGCACUACUUUUGACCAGGGUUGCACUAUUUUUAACCAGCGCCUUAUGGGUCCUGGUCAAAAAUAGUGCACUAUAUAGUGAAUAGGGUGCCAUGUGUUAUCAAUGCUGUGAUUGUAACAAGUCUCUCUGGUUCUGUUUCAGGGUUUUGCUGGACAGAGCACACACAGAUCUGGACAGCGUUUUCCACAGCCUGGACUCAGACCCCGAGACCGAACCACUUCAAGCCUCAUCUCCUCCCACAAGCUCUCCACUCCGCAGCGCAGCGCCUGCCAGUACCUCAGACACCAAUACCUCGGACCGAACCAAUGCUCCCAACAACCACCACCCCUCUUCUUCCUCCUCUUUGUCGCCAUCUGGGGACCUCAGUGAGAUUCUGUUGAACAUUAAGUCGUGCCGCUGGAGGCACUUUAGGCCGCGGACGCUAUCCCAUCACCCGCUGGGUGGAGGUGACAUCUCACGCUACAGAGGAUUUAGAGGAUUUACCCAGAGUACGUCCUCGGGACAGAGCAGGCUCUUGGGGAGUGGAGCUAACGCCCUCCCCCGCAAUGGCCCCGGAGCUACACCUGUCACCGGUGAGUUGUGUUGUGCUCCUCCUGCUUUGUUGUUUACGCUAGAAUUCAGGUAUUGGGUAACCUGCACAGUCCUGCUUGAGAGUACUGAAGGGUGUUUGAUUCUGUCACUCACCACUUUGCUUUAGGGGCUUUAUGCAAUGCAGGUAUAGGCAUAGUAGUAUGUGCUGUUUCUGAGUACUGGUUUGUUGUAAGUUUGCUGUGCCUCAGAGUCGAGGAAUUUCUGCUAUUCUGUUUCCCACGUAGCACCCGAUUCCCUAUAUAAUGCACUACUUAAGUUUUGACCUGGCCCGUAUACACAAAUCAUCUACGAGUAGGAGUGCUGAUCUAGGAUAAGUUUUGACUUUUAACCUCUACGGAAUCGGUGUCCCGUAUACGGGACGGUUGAGCUAACGUGCGCUAAUGUGAUUAGCAUGACUGCUGUAAGUAACAGCAAACUUUCCAGGACAUAGACAUGUCUUAUAUGGGCAGAAAGCUUAAAUUCUUGUUAAUCUAACUGCACUGUCAAAUUUACAGUAGCUACUACAGUGAACUACAACAUACAUUCACCUCUGAAAGUAAACAAUGUACUUACAUUCAGUAAUCAUGCUCUGAUUUGUCAUCCUAAGGAUCCCAGAGAUAAAAUGUAGCAUUGUUUUUUUUGAUAAAAUCCAUUUUUAUUUUCAAAUGUAGGUACUGGGUUCUACAGUUUGAACCCCUGCUUUCUCUGGCUCCACACCCACCCCGCCCGGCCAUCUACAUGUAUGACAUUCCUGGGAGUGUGUAAACUUACAUUUUGUAUUACCAUAUCAUUUUUGUAUGUUCUCUAUAGUUAUGUACUUGCACAUUUAUCAAUCGACCAAUUUGGCAAAUUUGGGCAGACUUGAUACAAAAUAGUCCAGUAUUGCAAUGCUUCACUGGAUCAAUCUGAAACUUUGCACACACACUGCUGCCAUCAAGUGGCAAAUCUAAAUUGUGCCUAAACUGCAAUAUUAUAUUGUGGCCUUUCUCUUGCAUUUCAAAGAUGAUGGAGAGAGAAAAAACGCAGGUUUAUCUUUUACCAGAUCUAAUGUGUUAUAUUCUCCUACAUUAAUUUCACAUUUCCACAAACUUGAAAGUGUUUCCUUUCAAAUGGUAUCAAGAAUAUGCAUAUCCUUGCUUCAGGUCCUGAGCUACAAUAGUUCGAUUUGGGUAUGUCAUUUUAGACGAAAAUUGAAAAAAGGGUCCGAUCCUGAAGAGGUUAAAUAAUAAUUAAUAGGGGGGAUCUGAUCCUAGAUCAGCAUUCCUACACUGAGAGAAAUAGAUAAGGCGGUUGGUUUGUUUUGACCUCGUCACAGGAGCAUUAUCUUCUUGAAAAUACAGUUUUUCUGUUCUGGCAGAGCUAUAAAGGUUUAGUGUGAAUCAGAAUGAGAGAAUUGAGCAGGCUUUGAGUGAGUGUGUGUGUGGUAUGUGGGGAGGGGUGUAAUUGGAAAAUGUCUCCAUGCAUGAAAUUGUGAGCUACCAUUGUUUCGCGUGCGCACGCCCGCGAGAGGGAGGGUGCGAAGGAGAGAGAAAUUUGCAUUUUUAAAGGCUCACUGUUUAGCUUUUCUGUAUCUGAUCCUGAUUAGGUGUUUAAUGGUGUAUUUUUCUCCUUCAGAAAGCGACGCCUCUUCUGACUGUAAACCAAAUUAA